GGAACUGUAUGAAGAAGGCGUGCACCACAUGUUGCUCUUUCGUGAAAUUCGAGCAAUGAUGACGCACGCAACGAUUCAAGAUUUCGCAAUGGCAGACUUGACCAAACCGACGGCAAAGAGGUUCAAGAAUCACCUGUCUGCUCUCUCUAACUUUUGGCGAUUCAGUCAAGAUCGCGUCAUCGAAUUCGACGAUGCGGCUCGGGAUGGCGAUCAGCUGCUGGACCGAAGAGAGGAUCUGGUCAAGAGCGUGGAUGUGCUGCGCAACGAGCUUCGCAACCAGACGGAGCAACGAGCGGCGGAACAGCCCAAGGUGCUUGCGCUGAGGGAUGAGAACGCUCGUCUGUCCGACAAGCUGUUGGGUCUCAAGAAGGAGCAAGGCACGCUGAUGCAAGAGCACGACGUGUUCAAGACGGAAAAGGGAGACUUGACUCAAAAGUUGCUAGAUCUCCAGUUCAAGCUCAACACUGCCAUUGCCGAUAUCAGGCGGUACCAGAAUCGAGCGAUCGAGUCACCCAACAAGCUGAGAGAGAUGUUGUCAGAGUUGGAAGAGCGAUACAAGCAGGACAAGGUGUCUUUGGGCGAUAGUCAGCGCAAGAUUCGAGAGCUUCAAGAGAAGCAAAAGGUGUUGCAGGGUGUAGAGACGGAGACGAAAUCGGCGCAGGGUCUGUUGCAGAGAGUGCUGGAACAGACGCAAAAGUAUGCGCAGGAAGAAGCGGCUAGGGAUCAUGCGUUGGCUACUUUUGCGGAUAAUCAGAGAGCGAGGGACGAGAUCGAGCUGAAGAAGGACUUGGUGGCUAGACGAUUGGCCAGCCUGACGCAGCGCAUCGAGAGGCUCAACAAGAGCAUCGAGACGAGAAGAGCGGAGGAGAAGAAGAGAGCUUUGGAGGUCGAGGCUGAAUUUGAUCGACUUUCGAAGGAGAAGGGCAAGAGGUCAGAGGAGGAAAAGGGCAAAGUGCAAGAGGCUGACGCGUACGAGAAGGAGUACACCGACUUGAUGCGCGCAUACGACGCUCACGUAGCGUACAUGAAGCAGGAGAGCGAGGUGAUCAAGGCUCGAGCACGAGAGUACAUGUCGGUCAUUCGACAGAAACUCAAUGUGCAGGUCUAGAAUCACGUGAAUACUCUCACGUCCGUCUCGCCCUGUUCGCCAAGUCAAUUUGAAUGCUUGCUUAAGGAUUCUUGUUGUCUUUUUUUUUUUCCUUUGCCCAAGGCUCGCCCUCUCAUCUACUUCCAUGUACAGUAGUCAUCUCGACCGUGUCAAUUCAUCUUCCAAAGCUCGAAUACUGACUCGUCGAUGUUGCGCAUCAAUGGAUGGCGUGAAAGGAUCCUCGCGUCCGAGUCGCGUAAUUUAUCCACAAUCGUCGCAAGGGUUGAAGGACGAGGGUAACUCGGCGAUCGCCAGGGCCCAAUUCGCGUUGGCAAUGAUGCACGAGGCGCUGGAGAAGGAGCGGUGGAAGCUUUGCUGCGCGUUCCUUGCUUGCCUGCACGAUUUGGUAUGCGGAAGCACACACGAGAUUCGAGAACUCUGAUUGAUGACUCUUUUUCA